UCUUCCGUUCAAUUUCAUUAAUUUUUAAUUUUUUUUGUAACAGGAAAACUCGAGUAUGGCCCGUGUCAAUAUAUCUCCAAGCACCUCAAACAAUAGCUACAAAAAUGUCCUCUGCAAGGAAUUCUGCGAUGGAACCGUAGCUGUUUGCUACUGCCCACAAUGCUCAGCAAUCUUCUGUGACGAUUGCUAUAACAAGGAGCACAAAUCAGAGCGAAAGAUGAACCARCAGAAGGUGUUUGAUGUGAGGCCCAUUUGUGAAGAGCACCGGCAUACACUGGAGUUCUUUGAUAUUAAUUUGUAUCGGCCCCUCUGUAUAAUGUGCCUGGCGAAGUUCCAAAUAGAAAAGGAACUUCAUCUCCAUGCGAUCAAAAACAUCAGUAAUGUCUCGUCCAAGCUGUACUCGWUACUUGACGAGAAAAUCCGUGAAGCACAAAACAUUGUCAAAAAUGUYGAAAACGGCGUGAAACAGUUGCGUGAAACGACAAAAACCACUAUCAAAACUGCRAAAGACGAAAUUCAUAACCUCGUGGAACAUUUUCGAAGUCUACUAGAGGAGAGAGAGAAGGAAGUUAUGGAAGAACUGGAUAAAGUGGAYKGKGAMCAUUUGAAGAAGGAUGAGACUACYGGUCUUUUGGCUUUGAAACGACGUCUAGAGGACACUAUCAGCCAGGCUUCUCAUUUAAUUCAACUCCAACAACAUUCAACGAUAGGUUAUGAAUUCCCACAUUGUUUUAACAAGCUCAACGACUUGUGUUCAAUGGCUUUGAAGGAGAUACAAUCGAACGACCAACUCGGCAUCACCGUCAACGUAUCGACGUCCACCUUACGUGGGUUAACGACAAUGUGUAAAGUUGUUCCUUGUGAAAAGACACUAGAUGUGUGUGAUUCAGAUUCUAAAGAUGUUAUAACAUCAAAUGGGAACGUCAAAGUUAAAGUGGWAGAUGAUUUGACCAAUCACACACCAAUUACCAUGGAAACUAAUCAUCAAACUGGUCUCCUUGGAAACGAUGACGAAAGUGAUGACGUAAACGUCGAAAACUGCGAUAAUACAGUGACACCUAUUGGUGAUGGAGAUUUCUAUGACAACGACGAUGCACAGAAUUACGUCAUGGAAACUAUGACAACAGAUUCUAAUGCUGUGAUUCACCUUGACAACGAGAUGACAAGUGAAAGUCGUAUUGCUCUAGAUGCUAAUACUUCAACACCGCUGACCAGUAUGAGUGCUGAUUCAGUAAGACAAGGACGAAAAAUUAAGCUUGAGGAAACGGUUGAGKGUGAUUGUGGAACGAAAACUAAAAGAGGGCGUCCUCAUAAACGGAAGGUUAAAUCGUUACCCGUGAGAGAUUACGAGAUGGACACGGACUGGAGCCCAGUCUCCAAAAGAGUUCUUCGGUCAAGUACACACGAGAAGAUGAAGAAAGCUAGGACGAGACGUAGUGGAGCGCUGAUCAAGGAAAUGGAUAAAUGCGACAGCAUACUAACGAUGCUAUGGGCUGACGAGAAUAGCUGGCCAUUCGUACGUCUUGUGGACAGGAAAAAGUGUCCUGAAUAUUACAAGAAGAUACGCAAUCCAAUGUGUCUAGAGUUGGUGAAAGAGAAACUACACUCGUACAAGUAUCGAUCGGUAUUGGAUUUUGUCAGGGAUAUCAACAGUAUUAUUGAUAAUUGUCAUAUCUUUAACGAGCCUGGUUCUGAAGUCCAGGAAGCUGGCAAAAGACUUUCAAGCCGUUUCCAGCAAUUACUGGCCGAAACUUUUCCAAACUUUCAGAACGUAUUCCAGGACAAAGAGUUGAUGGAUUCAAGUCUUUGAAACAGUAUCACAGCCCAUGAAACAGUAUCAUAGUCCAUGAAUCAAGACUUUGUGCUCAAUUCUUUAUUCUAAGACACUUGCAAUGCCGGUGGUCUGCGGU